AUGCUUCCUCAAACCGCCCUUUCCCUCGCGAGCGUUCUUGCGCUAUCAGCAGCCCUUCCGCAGCUACCUGUGAAAUGUCCCCACGAAAAGGCAUGCUACAUCGACGAUGGCACCAACCCCGACGGCAAUACGUUUGUCGAUGCCUCGGAUAGCGCCGUGAACUUUGGCAGCGUCCAUCCCAAUGAGGUAUUUGAACAACUCCUCUCGCAGUGCUCCACAGUCGGGUGUAGCGGCGCCAAGGUAAUAGUGGAGAGGACGGCCGUGGUCGAAGGUGGCCACCUCAAGGACUACUCCGUGACUCUCUCCGCCGAGGGAUCUUUCAACCCCACAAAGAGGGCUACACGCGAGACAAUGGUGGAGUUGCUCAAGAUCAUUGGGCGCGAGGCGACCGAGGUCACAGAGGACAUUUACGAGGACCCGUGUGGCACUCUCUUCUGCGAGCAAAAGAGGAGGCCCCAGCAUCACCUGUCACAAACGAUCCAUAUCGCUACCCUCGGCGACGAUGGCGACGACGCCUUUCUGAAUAUCUAUGCGCAGGUAGGACCCACAUCCGAUGGCUUCUGCUCCAAGAUCCUAUGGGCGGGAAACUCCAUUGGAGGUGCGAUCUCGGGUGUGACGCGGAUAGAAUCGCUUUAA